AUGACAGAGGUGGAGGACUUUGCCCAACUCCUCAAGAAGCUUCAGAAUGCUCCGGCUGCUCCGGAGCCAGCGCCACCGUCAUCUUCAUCCACGGGGCUUUUGCCGAAUGGAAAGAAGACGAAAGGGCGAGUGAAGAUCAAGAUGGAGUACAUCAACAACAAACUCCGACGAUACACCACGUUCAGUAAAAGGAAGACGGGUAUCAUGAAGAAGGUUCGUUUUUCAGAAUCCACCCCUGCCUCUAAAACUUCUUAUCUUUCAGGCUUUCGAGCUCUCCACACUGACGGGUACACAAGUGAUGCUCCUGGUGGCCUCUGAAACCGGUCACGUCUACACAUACGCCACCAAGAAGCUGCAGCCAAUGAUCUCUUCGGAACCCGGAAAGGCUAUGAUUCAGACAUGUCUGAACGCGCCUGGAGAGGGAACCGAUGUGCAGCCGAGCCGAACUGAGUUCACAUUCGACCCGGGAAAUGGUGGAAACGCGAUGCGAAAGAGGAAGUUGGCCGCUGAUAUCGUUGUGUCCGAGUCGAGCAACAACAGCCCAUCGGUGAGUCUUCCAUUCCUCUUCUGUCUUUCUGUUACAACGCGGGCGGGAAGAUGGACGGGACGGGGCGCGUCAGCCGGCGGCACUAAAAUGGCUUCAAAUAUCCUUCGGGAGGAGUGGGAGAGAACUCGGAGGGAGCCCGCACAUACACACACACUCGCUUCGAAGCAGGAGCAGUGUAAAGCUUUUGGUGUGUACGACUUUGGCUCGCGGCAUCUAAUGGAGACAGGGUCCUUCUCCUGAUGACUAACUGAUUGGUGGUGUGUAUUGAUUACAUUACAAAGUGGGUGCUAUAGCAAAGGAACGGGAAGGACCAAAUAUCAUAAGUUCGCAAGGAGAGGAUAUCUUGCAAGAGGCAACUCUCACAACCAACUUUCACGAUUUCAGAUGGGUGGUUUCUCCCCAUUCCUGCCCACGAUGGCUCCGUUGUUCUCUACUUUUGGAGAGGACGACUAUAACAACGAUGAGAGCGGAGACGAUUCUGAUUCCGAGGAGGCGUCAAUCGAUAUCAAGGAAGAACUCGAACACGGAUCGCCGACGAUGGUUAAGCAGGAGAUCAUCGAGACGGACAAUAUGACAGCGGCUCUGCAGCAGACCAUCAAGGAUGCUAUGAAGCAGGCUGCGUCGAACAGACAACAGGCACAGAAAAAGGCGAGGACGUCGUCACCGAAGAGCAACCAGACGGCUGUCAAAGCAGCGUUCUUGAAUCCGUUCCUUCUUCAAGGUAGGUGAAUCUUGUAAAAAUAUUAUGGGGCUAUUCAGCGUAUGUUUGUUUUCCGUUUUUUUCGUUUUUUUACAUCGCUGAAUUGGAUUUUUUGACGUAAAAAAACGGAAAAAACGGAAAACAAUCAUUUUUUCACAGCCUGAAUAACCCCAUUAACGAAAAUUCUGAAUUCCACGUGAAAUAGACCGAUUUUUCCACGAACUUGGGUGAAUUAAAGCAGAUUUGCGUUUGUAAUAACUUUCUAGUUCACGUUUUCCAAACUUUACCUAAAUUUUUAUGACAAAUUUUGUGUUUUUCAGGUGGUGCGAAUGCGACGUCGAUUUUCAACGCGGCAGCCAAGGCCGGAGACGACGCUUCUUCGAUCACUUCGAAUCCGCUCUUCAGUCUCGGCAUCAACUUCCAACAACUCAUUGAAUCAGCCGCCGUCGCCUCCUCCAAUGAAUAA